GCUACCAAAACAUGGAUGAUUUAAAAAGCUACCAGAACAUGGAUGAUUUAAAAAGCUACCAAAACAUGGAUGAUUUAAAAAGCUACCAGAACAUGGAUGAUUUAAAAAGCUACCAAAACAUGGAUGAUUUAAAAAGCUACCAGAACAUGGAUGAUUUAAAAAGCUACCAAAACAUGGAUGAUUUAAAAAGCUACCAGAACAUGGAUGAUUUAAAAAGCUACCAAAACAUGGAUGAUUUAAAAAGCUACCAGAACAUGGAUGAUUUAAAAAGCUACCAGAACAUGGAUGAUUUAAAAAGCUACCAGAACAUUGAAGGCUUGAGGAAAACGUUUGAUAUUUCAGAGGAAAAGUCUUUGCAAUAUGAAUACACUAAUAAAGAGAAAUUAGCUAAAUCGUCUGGUGAGGUAUUGGAUGUGCAGAAAGAUGGUGAAUGGAUAUGUCGCGGUGACCUGUGCAACCAGCAGCUGGGUCAAGACUCUCCCACGACUCCAUCAUCGAAACCCAUUGAUGCUUCACAAGUGAAGUGUCCUUUUGGCUAUCAGCGAGGUUUUAUCGACGGGAAGAUAAUCUGCCAACAACUUCGGAAGAGCGUCCUGAAAAAGCUUCUUCGUAAAAAGAAAUGUCCAAAGGGACAAAAAGCAGCCUUGACCUCUUAUGGCAUUGACUGUGUUGGCCCUGAUGGAAAGAAAGUGUGUCCUAAAGGUCAAAGGUUAAUUGAGAAGGUGGAUGGUCAGUAUUGUGAGUUGGUGACAACGGUGGCACCAGCUUGUGGUACAGGGUAUGAACCAGUGAAGACAUCAGAUGGUAUCAAAUGUAAAAAAUUGAUUACCACAACUCCAAUGAUGAUGACCUGUCUGGAUGGACAGAUUCUAAUUGAAACAAAAGAUGGACAAGCAUGUGUUGAUGUAACCAUAGCAACAACACCCACAACACCAGCACCUACUACAGUCUUACCCACAACUACAACCACUGUUGCAACAACCACUACCACAGCAGCACCGACUACAACAUCUACUACUACAGAACCCACUACAACAACCACCACCACUGCUGCAACAACCACAACCGAGGUCAUUUGCCCUGCUGGUCUACGUCGUAUACUAACUCCGGUAGGAUUUGUUUGUCGCUACGUCGGACGUCCACCUACUACCACCACAGCACUCCCCACCUGUCCCCCAGGUAAGACUCUGACAAAGACCCGUGAUGGACAUGUUUGUGUGUCUGAACCACCAACAAGAGAACCCGACACCAGAUGUCCAUCAGGACAGAUGCUGGUGAAAGAAUCCCGAGGACUGCGCUGUAAGAGAAUGCAUGGUGAUAUUCCCAAGGAGUAUCUCUGUCCUCCUGGAUUGAUACCCGUCAAGACAGACUCUGGAACUAAAUGCAGGUACCACAAGAAGACAACUAGUGUGAAGAACAUAGUUCAUAGAGGAUGUCCUUCAGGUCAGGUUCUGACUGUGUCUCAAGUGGGAUUCCUCUGUAAGAAGGUUGUAGAUGACUCUCACCCUGUUUGUCCUCGAGGACAGGUGGUUGUGCAGAUCCAUGGAGUCUUGCAGUGCAUUAGAGAGUCUCAGUCGAAGCUGAAAUGUGGGUCAGGACAAGUUCUGACUCGCACACAGAAUGGCUUCUUCUGUCGACACAAGAAGUUCAAUUUCAGAAGACACUGUUCAGAUGGUGAAGUCUUAGUUGUGGAGAAGUCCGUCAGAGAAUGUGUUAAGCUGGAUAAAGGUACAAAUCUCUGUGGACCACGUUACAAAGCUGUGAUGACUGGAGAUGGAUUAGUGUGUAAAUUGUUUCACUUAGAAUUUGGCUGCCCCGUCGGGUAUUAUUUAUCCCAAACAGGAGAUUCUCCCGAGUGUUUGCCACUGAAUCCACACCGAGAAAACUGUGAUCCUGAUCUAAGUGUGCCUUGUCCUACCAGUGAUCCCAUAAUGCCUUGUGAUAAAGGAUACACAUUAGUUAGUGUUGGGAGCACCCAUGUUUGUGAGUUAAAGGAAUAUGUGAGUGUCGUCUGCCAUGACAGUCCUAGUUCAUCUGCAGCCAGGUGCUUCAUCAAGUCUGUGAGACAGUGUAAGUCCACGGCGAUUCAAGAUGGCUGCCACCCUCAGUGUGCCAACGGUGGAACAUGUAUGGAUGGUGUUUGUAGUUGUCCUCCAGGGGUCACUGGCAAAGCUUGUCAAAGUGAUAUAAAUGAAUGUGAGUGGUUGGUGUCUACAUACUGUCAGUUUGAUUGUCGGAACACGUUUGGUAGUUUUGAGUGCACUUGUCCUCACAGAUCAACACUCAACUCAGAUGGGCGAACUUGUAAAGUAAUCCAGUGUAUCCCAGAAUGCAUGAAUGGUGGAGAAUGUCACGAUGGAACCUGCCUAUGUCCGCCAGGAUUCACAGGCUCAGUCUGUCAGGACGAUGUGGAUGAGUGCAGUGUGUCGAACAUGUGUGAACAUUACUGUCGGAACACGUACGGAAGUUUCGCGUGUCUCUGUCCUCCAGGGUCCAGAUUAGCUGCUGACCACCGUUCCUGUCAAAAUACGACAUGCCAGCCUUCGUGUAGAUAUGGUGGUCGAUGUCUCAACAGGAGAUGUAUUUGUCCAAGACAGUUCACCGGCAUCAUCUGUCAACUUGAUGUGAAUGAAUGUUACCAAGGCAACCAUGAAUGCAGCCAUUCGUGUCAAAAUGUGAUUGGCUCAUACCGAUGUUCCUGUCCAAGUAGGAUGGUUCUUGGAACAGACAAAAAGACUUGUCAUGCAUUCAGAAGAAACUUAUAAAAUAUUCCCUUUAACAAUAAAUUUAAU